AUGUUGUAUACAAAUCUUAAAGGUCAAAAAUGGCCUGAACAUCAAUUUACAGAAGCCAGAAAAGCAUUAAAUGAUAUGAUAGAUAGCCCACUUAUAACUCUCCAGAACUCCCAAGUAGUUCAUAACAAAAGAUGUCCUUCUGGUGCUCAAAAUCAGCAACCAACUAGCUCAACAACAAGAGACCCCUCUGGUUUUGAGUUAAUCGAUAAUAAA